AUGGCGGCUGUACGCACAGCACAGGCACCACCAAGCAGUAUAACGCUGCAGGUGCUAGCCGGCCUGGACACGCGUGAGGUUCUCGCCACAGCCUCCGCACGUCCGCGGGCCCAGAGCGAUACGAUGGAACCGGGCUACGGACGCUGGCCUUUACCUCAAAGCCAUACGAGGCAGUACACUGCUUCUCCAUGCUACGUUCCUGUGACGGCCCAGGGCAGUUAACCGCACGCCGCAGGUAUCCACGUGAGCACGCGCCGCGGAACAGCCCGUGCGACAAGACGCCGCACCACCUUUUCUUCCGCAUCGCGUGCCCGGCGCUCCGCGCCUCUCUCCCUUUCCCUCCCCAUAGAAGAGUCUUUCGUCCAUAGCAUCAAUUGAGCCUGGC